AUGUCUCAAACCACCCCACAGCCCCCUCAGUUUCCCUCCUAUCUCGCAGAACCACCAGUAAUCACUGAAGCCCAAUGGGCACACCGCCUAGCCCUCACUCGUGAACAGACCGACAUCGUAGAUGCCACUGAACUGAUGUCAGAUAGGCGCACAUAUUUCUAUUUAUUCCAUCAGUCUAACAUCACUUGCUCCUACACCACUUACCCUUUGGACACAUUCCAUUGCUGGCAGCAAUCACUCCUCAUCGCCGAUGAACUACACGCAGUCACCGUCUUACUGGCUUUGUUGUUAGUAGAAAAGCUUACACGGGACAACAAUUCCGCAUUGAGUAUUGGAGCGACUUUGCUCAUGGAACACUUGCAGAUAGAAUCCCUGGAACAACGCUUGAGGAAGAACUGUGAGAAUGGAGAGAAAGAAGCGGUUGAGAGCUUCCUACAAUUAGGAGGCCAGAAGGUGUGUAAAGACGCGAGGAAUAUCCUCGCCCAACGGGGGUAUCUCACCUCCCCUCCCCCAGAUUUGUUGUCCCUGCCGGCUUUAACGGGACACACAUUUCCAGGGCGCCACCCCCCUCACUCUCCACCACCGCCUCCACCAGUGUCUUGCCUAUUGUUGCCAGAUCCUGUUCUACCCGUGCCCGCUCCACCAUCCCCAGCACAUUCCUCCACAACCAACUCAAUAGCCCCCAUAGCCGAAGCAGUCGACAAAUUGCAGGACAUAUUGAUUCCUAUGCAACCAACAACGCCCCUCCCCCAACUCCCUCAACCUCGUUGCAACCGCCGACUACACCGACAGCGCCCAGAGCCGGUACUCCUUAUCCCUUCGGGCCGCACUCCCCGUGUGCAGCACACGGGUCAGAGGCAGACCCCAACACUGAGCAACGGCUUGCCUCCAGAUGGAAGGUUGUUGAGGAGCAAGGAAGGAGACACCUCAUCCUCAGAUGUUGCCCUCGUAUUCGACAUUGUUAUGCAUGUCAAGAGUAUGGCCAUUGUGCCAUCUAUUGUCGCUACCAUACUUGUUCUACAUGCGGAUAGUUGGGGACUAGAUGACAUACAUAACGACUUGGACGACGAUACACGGUACAACAUAGAUGGAGAGUUGGGAGACUUCAGAGCAGUCUAA